AUGGCGUCGAUCAGCGCGUCGCCCUUCUCAUUACGGCCAUGGCCAACGGGCGACAAGAAACCUAAGAGCCUUGGUGAAUUCAUAACACGCGUAAAUGCUGAGAGGGGCGGGUUUCGUAAUGUGACUGAAGCAGAGCUGCGCGAAGAAGUGCAGGCCAAGGAUGAAGGUCGCAUGGAUGGCAGCAAUAGCAGUCCGGACGGUGAAGCAGAUUCCGACGACGACGCUGCAGAUGGAGAGAAGCCGAAGACCAUCAUCGAGGCGCGUGAAGAAUUCUUGAGGAACAUCGAAUUCGCUCACCAGUCUGCAAUGCUAAGCCUAGAUUUCAUAUCACUUCUGCUCUCCAAGGAGAUGCCUAACCAGGCCAACAUGACUUUAUCGCCUGCACUGCGCGACCUCGUUGGCUUCGGUGUCUUGGGAGCUUCAAGGCUUCACGAGUCGAAUCUCACUCCAGCACGCAUCCAAGAUGAUCUGACUGUUGCGACGGGGUGGAGGCUCAUGGGAACGAACAAGAUGGUCGAUUCUGUCCUUGAAGCUGCUGAACGGCUCGAGAAAGAGAUCAGCUUGGAGACCAAGUACUGGGCCGAUGUGCUUGCUGUUAGCGACAACGGCUGGACUGUCGCAUCUCUGCCUUACGAACCUCAUAGUCUGGGCGUCCGAUAUGGGUUCGCCGAGUCGGCCCCCGAGUACAGAAACAGUAGCAUUGCGCCUCUACGUAGAAACGACGAUGGAACUGUACGGAUCGAGCGUGGUCUUGCUAAUGGAGGGUCGAAGAGAGUACGUGCUGUUGUAGAGCGAGACGGACUGAUAAUCGGCAAAUCCCAUUUGCCAGGCCGAGUGCCUGAUGAUGCUCCCCUCCAGGACCGUGUUCUCGAGGCGCGCAACACCAUCUUGUCGCAGGAACUGUGGUUUGAGAUCAACAGAGAAGCACGCACUCUCCUGUCCUUGAAUAUUCAGCCUAUUGAUGACCGUAUCAUCUACCAUGUAGACGCCGACACAAAAGUUGUUCUCACAGUAGAGGAUUUGGACAAGGCUGAUGCAGGCGGUGAGAGCCAUGACGACCAGAUGGCAAACACCAUUGUUCUUGGUCUACAUUUCUUGUUACUGUUCAGCCACCGCCUAAACUACUUCAAGCGUACCCAGUCAACACAGACAAACACUAGCCGCAACAACGCGCCACUGAGCAUUCUUCGACCGCUUAUCUCACGUCUCACCUUUGACAACGCUUGCAGCAAGCUGACGUACUUCCUGACGGGGUUGAAAACUAUUCUUCAGAACGCGGGUUUGCCUAGUGUAGACUUCGCUCAAUCUACAAUACCUCCUGUUCCACAGCUGGCACCUGCACAGAUCAGCCAGCUGGCGCUGCAGCAGAUUUGGCGUGCGUCACCGUCCGAAGCACUCAUGAUCAACAUGGCGCAACUUCUAGAGCUCACUGUCGAGCUCACAAUCACGCCUCAAGCCCGCAUAGCACUGCGUGGUAGAAGUUUCGUCACGCCGUUGGCUACAACACAGUUCAUGGUUAAGCUCUUGGAGCCAUUGAAUACCAACCCGGCAACCCAGGGACAAAGUCAAGCCCAAGAACAAUCACAACAAGUUCCCAACCCUCUAGAAGACGCGUACCCCCCAUUCAUGACAGAUUCCUACCCCAAUGUCGACGAGGCCCUCUACUAUAUCCGCCAGGCAUCGAUCAGGGCUGUCACGGACUGGACCACAGACUUUGUUGCAGACAAACUCGACCGGGACGACAUUAACUGGUCAGAGACACCAACUGGCCCUCUAAUUACGGCUCGUGGUGGUAAAGAUUUGAAGAUUGAGAUCACAGACUCACCUGUUCUUGCAUUAACCUUGCAUAUGCAGUGGGUCGAGGGCAAGUCUUUGAAGGUACGAAAAUUGGCUUGGACGGCGGGAGAAGAAGUCCCCGAGAAACUUGAGGAGGUUGUGCUGGAGUUCUUUCGAUAG